AGAACCCUGGCCACGCCAACCCAUCGUUUCGCAUCCACACUUUCUCCCAUCGGUUGUUAAUCAGCGUGGUAGCUGUCAGUUCGCCGACCAAUCUAGACGUCAUCAAGCAAUUGGAUCAGGCCGAAACAAAACUUCCCAGCCACGAAAUGAACUUCAACCAGACUCAGAGUUAUCCGUAUAGCUCAUACUAUAGCACACCCGAAGUGACUUCAUAUCACGCAGCAACCAAUAUCGGCGGAAAUAUCCCAUACUGGGAUCUCAGUCUUCAAAGGGGUGAUAUUCGACUCAUCAUUCUAGAGCCGAACGACGAUCCAAGAAAGCCGAUUCAAUGCACCUUGACGCAGGUCUCUUUGGGAGACACCGGCAGAUACGUGGCGCUAUCAUAUCGCUGGGGAGAUCCCAAGGAUGCCAUGGUUCGCAUUACCAUAUCAGGGAAGCUCUUUAAGGUGACAAAGACUCUCGCUCAUGCUCUUCAAGAGUUGAGACGUCGGAGGUUCUACAAAGUGUGGGUAGACCGGAUCUGCAUCAACCAAGGCAACCACGAAGAGUUGGCUCAUCAAGUGGAACGUAUGGGCGACAUUUACCGAUAUGCCUACUGCACCAUGGCAUGGCUUGGGUACUGCCGGGAACCCGAAGUCGUGAUUUUUGAAAGCGCACGAUCGCUUGUGGAGUCGUUGGUCGCCUGGGGAGAGGAGAAGCACGAGACAACACCACAACAAAAAGACAAAGAUUUUGCCGAAAAGGCAAAGGCGAUACCUUUAUCCACACUGGAAUUGCAACCGCAAUGGACGGCGCUAUUGACUGUUUUCCAACGAGACUACUGGAGUCGUGCGUGGAUUAUACAAGAAGUCGCCGUGUCGCCCCAGGUUGAGUUCUUUUGGAAUGGUCAGUCAAUCUCGAUAUCGGAGCUGCAAAAAGCGAUUGUUACGUGCAAGGCCCUGGCUUCCAUCACACCGAAAGCGAAGAAUUUGACGUGGCGCAAUGAGUUCAAGCACGUCGAUUGUCUGAUGAGUUUCCGCGGGUUUCGGGAAUCGCCUAUCCGUCUCGUCGAGGCACUUAUUCGAUCUAAAAGGGCACUGUGUUCCAAUCCUGAAGACCGGCUGUACGCCUUGAAACAUCUGGCCGCCGACGGGAGAGACACUGUACCGUUCCCAAACUACGGAGAGUCCCUCGAUGUGUUGAACCAAAAGACUGCUUGCCGGCUCAUCGAGAUGUACCUCGACGGCGACAUGGUCGUCUUUCCGUGCCACUUCUCGGACACCUGGGUGCCACAAUGGCACAAUCCAAAGACUUGGAAUGACGAGAGAAUCAACAAGUACCUGACAGGACAGAGCAAUUUCGUGGCAGAACGCUCCAAAUGCGAGUCCGGAUCGAGCACAAUAGUGAAAAGAUGGAAAGCUACGAAGGGUUCCCGAAUAGGCUGUACCCUUCUCCACCACAACGCAUGGCUCGAGGUGUACGUCAAGAGAAUCGGCCGCAUCACUCAAUGCUCAACAACCGCCGCAGAGGCCAACAGUGACGGACCUGGCGAGUUGGUUCCAGUGAGCACGUAUGGCGCCCACAAAUCCAAACGUCUCAUUGCGCUUUGCUGGCUUCUGUACGACCUGCUUCCGAACAACAAGUACCCAAAGGCAAAGGCUGUCAAGGUUGAAGAUAUCCACUUUCUUCUGACCAAGUCUGUACGAAAGUCAGUGCGCAAAUCGGUGCCAAAGUUUUACAACUGGCUCUUUUGUCUGCAGAAUCUCCAGUUCAAGAUUGACGGUGUUCCCCUUGCCAACUGGUUUUGCGCAGACUCGGUUAAGUCCAAGACAUACGCCAGGGUUGACAGUGUGAAGAAAGCGAGGCGCUGUUACUCUUCAGUCCAGAUGGGGAUGCGGCUGUUUACCACCGACAACGACAACCUAGGUUGGGCAACUAGCUCGUGUCAACCAGGAGAUGAGCUGUUUCUGAUGCAUGGCUGCAGUGUUCCUGUGGUGCUGAGGAAAAGAUCGGGGAAAGGACGGUACCAGUUGAUUGGUGACAGCAUCGUGCACGGGUUGAUGGAGGGACAAGGGGUCACUGAUGCUCCAUCCUCCAGCUGGCAAACAUUGUUUUUGAUAUGAAGUCAUACAAGCCAAUAAACAGAUCCAUAGCAAAGCGAAAACUAGAUGUCGACUUCGUCAACCACAUCAACGACAGCCAUCAAGGGCCUCUGUUUCACUGGAAGCAGGUACCAGUGCUUUGAGAACUCAAGAGCAACCCGUAUGCUCGCUUAAACCGCUUCUAAGACGUGGCUGAACCUGGGGGAGUAUACGAGUGACCGCCAUUAUAGUCCUCUGUUGUUAUUGUGCUGGUUUCUGCCGGUAAUAAUUGAUGGACGACAGCGUUUCGGUUGAGGCUGCUCAUGUAAGCAACCGCUGCCGAGUGAAAAUAUUGACAUACGCCUGAUCUGUCUCUGGCUUGGAAAAUGAGUUCAUUGCCAGGAAACGAAGGGUUUGGUGGAGAUGCGGGCGACGCACAUGCUGAUACAUGAAUGCCAGCGGUCUUCACAUAGAUGACUUCUCGCAUGGCAUCAAACGCUGCUAG